UAUUUUUGUACCCCUAUAGUUGAGUGGUUCGUGCCUGACGUGGCAGAUAUCCAAAAUGGCGGGCUGGACGGGAUUUUCGGAUGAGGAAUUGGCCAGAAUAAAAGGUGUCCCAGAAGAUGGUCCAGCUGUGCAUCAGAAGCGGCGUCUGACGAGACUACAGCCUCAGCGGACCCGGCAGCAGCAGCAGCGCGACAAACUCAUCCAGGAGAAAAUAGCCGAGAUCAACCACGGCAGCAGUAACCACGGCAACGGUAACCACGGCAGCGCCAACGGGAGGCUCGACUCGCUGCAGACGGGAAACAAGAUGAAGCUUGCCGUGAAGAAGGAACCUUCCAAGCCCAAGUCUCCGAGUCCGCAGACUAAGAAGCGGGUGACGUUUCAGCUGCCUGAGGAAGGAAAACCUGAGGAGGCGGGAGGAGGCGCAGAAACGUCUCAGAAACCUGCGGCAGAGGAGACGUCUUCUGUAAUGUCUCAGGAGGAGAAGGAGCCUGAGAUGAUCACAGAUGAUAAGGAAGUGGAGAAACGAGAGUACUCCAAACUGGAGCAGAUCCAAAAACAGCAGAAGGAGAUCGAGGAGUUGAACAAGAGGAAGAAACUGCUGCUGUCGAAAGCCAUUGCUGACAGGAAGAAGCGUACCCAGCAGGAGGCAGCUCGGCUGAGUCUGAUUCAGAAGGAGCUGGAGAAGAUGGAACACCUCCUUAACGUGGACGUCUCCAUCCUCAGGGACAAGAUCGAUGAUGUCAGCAGGGAGUACUCCGAGGCAAGGAAACGUCUGCAGAAGGCGGAGGAGGAGUAUGUGCAAGCGAAGCUGGAGUUCCAUCAGAAGGCUGAGAUGAAAGAACAGCUGACGGAACACCUGUACUCCAUCAUCCAGCAGAACGAACUGAGGAAGUCCCGGAAGCUGGCCGAGCUGAUGGAGAGGAUGGAGAUGGUCCAGGGGGAGGAGGAGGAGCCGCUCCCGCAGAUGGAGGAGCUGCAUCCUCCCAUGAUGCACCCUGAGUCGCCUGGGCUCCGUCAUGAGGCGGCCAGACUAGAGCAGGCGAGUCAGCAGCACUCAACUGAGAAACCUGGAGACUCCACGGAGAAACCUGGAGACUCCACGGAGAAACCUGGAGACUCCAUGGAGAAAACUGGAGACUCAACGGGGAAACCUUCGGAUGUUUCACCUGACAAAACAGGGAAGAAAGAACCGGGUAAUGCUCCAGAGAAAGCUAAAAAUGAUGAGAAAAGUAAACAUGAUGAUAUUCCUCUUGCCAGAAGUAUAGAACAAAGUACAGGGAAUGGUAAAACACAGUCUGGCAGUGAAGGGACGAGCGACAAACUUGGUACAAACGUAGAAGAGAAGAAAAGGGACAUGGAAACAGAAACUCCUGACAAAGGAGGUGGAGAUUCGGCUGGACGGUCGACAGAAAAUGAGAAGGAAAGGACAGAUGACGGUUCUGAUGCAGGAAACGGGGACGGGGAAAAACAAUCAGCUGAUACACCACAGACUUUUCACACAACACAAUACACACAAUGUUAUGGAACACUCAAAGAUUAUACAUCAGAUAAAUAUUGA